CGAACCUGCCUUGCACCUAACUACUCCCCUGCCGGCAAUGGAGAACUACUGAGCCCAGAAGGACGCUCGGCAAUUCUGGCGUGUCGAUUCCGGGAUGAGAUGAGCAUUAGGCGCAAGAACCUCGACCCGGAGUACGGGGACAGCACAUUGCGUACGGUAACGAAAUGGCGUUCACACACCGACUUUCACAUCGAUGGAUUUCCAAACGCGGAGGUUCGGUCGGGAAGCGGGCUAUACCAAGCCUACGACAUAUUCGUCCAUUCGAAGCACCCCCACGUGAAGCUCAUCAUGAGCAGUGCGGUUGGUCCCGAAAAAGAACAGGAUCUGCUCCGGUCUGAGCUGUUAAUCAUAUUGGCGGUCAUGCACUCGCGUUUGCGGGUCGAGUCCAUGUUGGAACACGUCGUUAUGCCAGUAAUGGUAUUCUCGUUCAUGCCCCCCUCCCACGUGCGCGUCCUUAUGGCAAUCUUCGACGGCCAAAAGAUCAGGAUCUCUAUGUCUGGUCUGAUACCUUGCUCCGCAACGUCCCAGGAUGUCUACGACACGCUCGUGCGCUAUCUUGCCGGUGGCACCAACCCCAACGUCGAUACAAAGAAGUUCCCGGUCACCCCGGAUGAGAGACAUCAUAUGGAGGAAUUGUAGUUUCUGGUUUCAGGCAACUGAAUCGGUGGUUUCUGGAGAUGAGAAUCGAUGGUGUGGAGCAUGAGAUAUUCUGCGUUCUGGAGUUGCAAGUGAAAUGCUUGAUUGGUUUUUUUUUUUUUUUUCUAGUCACCGGAAGUUCAGCUUCCUUCAUAAUAACUCUUGCCGGACCUUUCGGUUUCGUGAUUCCGAUGCCCUCGC